AUGCGGUUUGCCAAUUAUGGAGUUUUCAGAGGGUCAGACUCUGUCCCGACGCCACACACACACACACACACACACACGAUUGGCAAACUCACAAGCCCUGGCUUUCCCCAAGCUGCAGCUGAUCUGAAGCAGUUUUGCCUUCAAAAUGCACAUCACGAUCCUUUAUUAACAGGCGUUUCAUCAAGUACAAAUCCAUUCAGACCACAGAAAGUCUGUUCUUUUCUCUGA